AUGAAAUCGGAUGAUAAUAUUAAGAAACUCACCGAAAUGGGGUUUAGUGAGGAGCAAGCAGUUAAUGCAUUAAACAUCACUAAAAAUGAUGUGGAAUCGGCAAUUGCUUAUCUUUUCGAAGAUCCUAUUGAAAUUGAUACCCCAAGCACUAACGAUCAAUUAGUACCAUAUAAUGAUAGUGUAAAUGUACUGAAUCCUAACGAUAUUCCAGAUCUUUCACUGUAUCAGUCAGUGCCUCAGGCGUAUGGAUCUGUAUCAGAAAACGUGCAAUAUGAUGAAGAAAGAACGGAAGAACAACACGAGGAUAUAGACUUUGAACAUUAUGAAUAUUUUGAAAAACCAGUAGAAACGUGCAUAUUAGAUAACAUUGAAAGUAUACAGAGAGACGAUGAACCACCAGUUAUUUUGAAUAAAAGAUCGGGAUUUUUGGAAAACUAUUAUAUCCCAAUAAUUACGAUAUUAGCGCAAUUAGGUGAAGUUAAAUCAGCAUUUUUAAAACCUCUUGAAUAUGACUUAGAGUAUGAUAGUAAUUGGGCGGUUGGUAAACCUCAGAAUAUUAGUAUUCCUUCUAACUUGGAUGAGCUGAAGGAAUCGUCGUACAAAUUUUUUAUUGAAUUACAGAAAGUUAUUGGUUUCUUAGAGGGCCAAAGUGAAAGAUCUUUUAUAAGUGGUGAUAAUUUGAUUGCUAAUUUACCUAAUGACAUGAAGAAACGAUUAGUGAACAACAGAAUUGAAACUGUAGAUGAAUUAUUACCUAAGUUGUAUGAAAGCUUGAAAAAUAAUUAUGAUACUAUGUUUGGAAACGAUGUCGUUGUUGACAGAUUAUUUAAAUCAAGUGUAGAAAGUGUCAAUGAAGAAUUAAUCAAUAAUAUUUUUACAUUUGAUGUUGAUGUUGAAUAUAGACAUAAAUCGCUCUAUGAAAGUUUUAAUGAAUUAUUCUGGGGUACCGAAUUGGAAAUGCUUGGAAACGUUAGAUUGAUUGACACAUCGAAAAUAUUAACAAUUCAAUUGGUCGGAGAUGAGGACUCGUAUGCUGAUACUAAUUUCCAAGUAGACGAAAUCUUUUAUCCAGAAUUAUAUAGUUCAGAAUACUAUCCAAUUGUCAGUGAGAUGAACAACAAAAGGAAUGAAAUAAUUAAACAAAGAAUGAAGAUUAGUAAUGAAAUCAUGCAGCUCAAUUCCUUCGAAGGGAAAAAAGUUAAAGGAUUUUUGCAGACAACAAUCGAAUAUUUAAAGGGCCAAAAUAGCGAUGUUCGUGAUUUACAAGAAUUAAGCGAUCAAAUUGGUAACCAAAAAGUUAAGUUAAGUGAUAACUUGGAUGGCUUGAAUGAGCUGUAUUCAAAGUUAGAUGUCAGAAACUAUGAGAAUGUAUUAGAGAAAAUUCGUAGCAAAAAUAUCAAGCCUCCUACCAAAUAUACUUUAAUUGGUAUAGUACUAUCUGAUACUGAGUAUUAUUACAAAUACAAGGGAACCAGCUGCUGGAUAUAUCAGAAAGGUAUUUAUUCUUCAAACAACAUUAUUACCGAUUACGAAAUUGAUGAGCUUGAUUUUGCGACUAUUCAGCAAGAUAUCUUACAGUAUACCUCAGUUGGAGCCAAACCUAUGCUGUUAAUAUAUGCUGCAGUUGAUAUUCUUGACAGAAGCUUUAAUCUCGACAACAACAAACUAAACGCCUUUUUUAAGGCAGACAAUUCCAAAUACAGCAGUCAAUUAUCCGAAGCUGAAGAUUCAAGAAAGGACAAUGAUAUGGAUAUUCGCGAAGAUCUGAACCAAGACACAGGUGACUUGAGUAAACUGAACAGCCCAGAUCAAGAAGCAAACCAAAAUCCCAGUGAGGAUGCAUUGAUUGACUUAUAG